CUGCGGGCGGAGCCUGGGCGCGCCGGGGGCGGGGCCGCGCUGACAGGUGGCUGCAGGCCCCCUGGACUUACUGCCCCUUCCGUAGGGACCACCCCGCUGUCAUCAAGCGGCGCUUCACCAGCGUCCUGGUGGUGUCCAGUCUCUCGCCCCUCUGCGUGCUGCUCUGGAGGGAACUCACAGGCAUCCAGGCACAUCCCUGCUCACCCUGAUGGGCUUCAGGCUGGAGGGCAUUUUCCCAGCAGCAUUGCUGCCCCUGCUGCUGACCAUGAUCCUUUUUCUGGGCCCACUGAUGCAGCUCUCUAUGGAUUGCCCUUGCGACCUGGCAGAUGGGCUGAAGGUUGUCCUAGCCCCCCGCUCCUGGGCCCGCUGCCUCACAGACAUGCGUUGGCUGCGGAACCAAGUGAUUGCCCCUCUGACAGAGGAGCUGGUGUUCCGGGCCUGCAUGCUGCCCAUGUUAGCACCGUGCACAGGCCUGGGCCCUGCUGUGUUCACCUGCCCUCUCUUCUUUGGAGUUGCUCAUUUUCACCACAUUAUUGAGCAGCUGCGUUUCCGCCAGAGCAGUGUGGGGAGCAUCUUCUUGUCUGCAGCGUUCCAGUUCUCGUACACAGCUGUCUUCGGUGCCUACACUGCUUUCCUCUUCAUCCGCACAGGACACCUGAUUGGGCCGGUUCUCUGCCACUCCUUCUGCAAUUACAUGGGCUUUCCUGCCGUUUGUGCGGCCUUGGAGCACCCGCAGAGGCGGCCCCUGCUGGCAGGCUAUGCCCUGGGCGUGGGACUCUUCCUGCUGCUGCUCCAGCCCCUCACGGACCCCAGGCUCUACGGCAGCCUUCCCCUUUGUGUGCUUCUGGAGCGGACUGGAGACUCAGAGGCUCCCCUGUGCUCCUGACCUCUGCUCCUGUGUGCACUCCCACGAACUCUCACGGGCUCCCAGCCCCUCCCCAUCAAGGGGUACUGCAGGGGAGGGGCUGGCUGGGGUCUCCGAGAUCUCAGGGAUUUUUGUAGGGGAUUGAAGCCAGAGCUAGUUGAAUCCCAGGGACCAAGAGAAAGGAGCAGAUAUCCAAAGGCUGCAGCCCCUCUCAAAGGGGGGCUGAGGAGCAGCUGCGAGGGAGGGGCCGGGCAGGCCCCGGGAGCCACAGGCUCCCUCCCUCCGGACUGCUGCUGCUCUCCGCUCCUCGGCCCCUCUGCCCCUGAAAAGCUGCUUGGGGGGUUUUGUUUGUAAGACCCCUCCCACCCCCCCAACUUCCCAGGGUUUUCUCAUUGUCUUUUUGCAUCAGACUUUGUAUUGGGAUAUUAAAGAGAUUUAACUUGGGUAACAUGG